UUGCUUGCAGCCAUCAUACAAUUAUUUUUUGUUUAAUAAAUGUAAGUCAAUAUUUGUUGUUGCCAUACAUAUAAUCCAAUUAUAUAUCUGUAGAAGGAACAUAGUAAAGAAAGUGCAACUAGCAAUUUCAAAUUGCAUAAUAAACGUAAGGCGAUUUAACCAGCAACUCGAGGUUGUAUACUUAUACUUAAAUACUGUACACUUGUAUAAUUUGACAAUUUCCUUAUGGUAUUGGUCAUGUUUGCAAAAACUGAUAUGACUAUCUAGGCGUGUUCUCGGUGCUGUCAUGCGGAUACUGAAGAACUGCGCACCAUAACAUUUAUGGAUCAAUCGUGUCAUAUCAGUAUGGAUCAACUUAUUUCAAAUGAGUUCUAAUUCGUGACGUUAGGGUACUGAAUUGUUCGAUAUCCAGGACAAUAUAAUGACCAGUAAAUGCCAUGGAAUGACCCCUGGUGGGAUCACUCCAGUUCAGCAGAUGGUGUCAUCUUGCUCAGGAGCAAUCCUCACCUCACUCCUCGUUACACCUUUGGAUGUUGUGAAGAUCAGACUUCAAGCACAACAUAAUCCAUUUCUCAAAGGCAGAUGUUUUGUCUACUGCAAUGGCCUCAUGGACCACUUGUGUCUGUGUGAAAACGGCAACUCGAAAGUCUGGUACAAGGCUCCUGGUCAUUUCAGCGGUACACUGGAUGCCUUUAUUAAAAUUAUACGACAUGAAGGAAUCAAGUCCCUCUGGAGCGGUCUCCCUCCAACCCUCGUGAUGGCCGUCCCGGCGACUGUGAUCUACUUCACAUGUUAUGACCAGCUGUGUGUGGCCCUGAAGGCCAGGAUGGAGGGCCAAACGGAAGUGGCUCCUCUCUUUGCUGGAGCUAUCGCUAGAGUAGGCUCGGUGACGGUGAUCAGCCCCCUGGAGCUGAUCCGCACCAAGCUCCAGUCUCAGAAGCAGUCCUACAGGGAGCUGGGCGCCUGCAUCCGCACGGCGGUGGAGAGCGCCGGGUGGCUGUCUCUGUGGAGGGGCUGGGGCCCCACGCUGCUCAGGGACGUGCCCUUCUCCGCCAUGUACUGGUACAACUACGAGAAGGGGAAAGCCUGGCUGUGCGAGCGGAACAACACCACAGAAGCCACGUUUGCCAUCACCUUCCUCUCUGGGGCUGCAUCUGGUGCUAUUGCCUCUAUAGCUACUUUACCAUUUGACGUGGUCAAGACUCGACGGCAGGUCGAGCUUGGAGAGUUACAAGCACUGAAUUUGUCAUUGUGCAAGAGCUCCAGCUCCACAUGGAGCGUGAUGAGCAGGAUCGUGGCCGAGAGCGGCCCUCGCGGACUGUUCGCAGGCUUCCUGCCCAGGCUCAUCAAGGUGGCCCCGGCCUGCGCCAUUAUGAUCAGCACCUAUGAGUUUGGGAAGGCCUUCUUCCACAAGCAGAACCAGGAGACCAGACUGGUUCGGCUUCAGCCUGGCAACAGCUGAUUCGCCCCCGCUCCUCAGUGCAUUUGCUUGACUGAUGCAAAGCCCAUGUGAGCCCAUGUUGCCUGAGCUGGUCCUUUGCAAGCGAGUGCCAAAAGAAAACUAUUGCAUAUAUUUAGAUUGGUUUUGUUAAUGAAUGACAGGUAUAUUUAUCAUGAUUUGAUGAUCAAUGCAUACCAGUUAAGAGUCCUUCUGAGUCGGGUAUGAUGCAAGCUGUGAUUUAUGUAGACUAGUUGAUGCAGACUAAAGAACCUCCCAUUUCCCUGGAGAACAGGGAAAUAGGGCAAUGGCAGCAAGCAGUGAGAGCAACCAUAAAUGGUUUCUCUCACUGCUUGUUGUCAAUGCCCCAUUUCCUUUGAUAUAUGGGGGAGUGGAAGGGGCAGACGUUAUGAAGAUACCACUGGACCACACGGUCCAUUAUGAGCACACGUCUUUGAGUCUCAUUCUAUUUUCCAAAUCUGAUUAGGUUUAAAUUAAAUAAAUGUGUUUUUCUUUACUCAAGAUGUUUACAUUUCUAACUUUUAACACAUAAUCAAUAAGCAAAGUAUAAUUUGAAUAUGUAAUUGAACAUAACAGAACAUAAACGUGUUUAUCCCAGAAUGGGCUAAUCAUAUUUAUAAUGAUAAAAUAGUAAGGAAUCAAUAUCAUAGCAAUCGACUUGGUUCACAUUUUAUUUCAACAGACAGAAAAAAUAAAUAAGCACAUUCAAUCAAUCUAGGUGCAAAUGGCCGCUGUGAUUAGCUAAAGGCAAAAGGUAGAAAGGUAAAAGUUCACUCUCCAAGUACACAACUGGUCAUAAACCCUGUCCUAACAAAUCUUUAUAUGUGAUGGCAGCACUUCAUUUAUUAAGUUACUCCUUCAGGACAAUUGGGUUAAAAAAAACAACUAAGAAUAAAGAAAGUUAUAUAUAAAAGCAAAAAUGUGUAAAUUUCUGAAUUAAGAUAAUACAGUCAGUGCGAUCACCUCCCCAAAUUAUAACUCGGAGUAUCAGGGCUUGUGAUAUUUACCUGAGAACCAAACAGUUCAAUACUUCAAUAGACAGAUAAAUUGUUAAAUGGCUGAAAAAAUGCUGAGUCAAUCCAAACGAGGAGCACAGAUAAAAGAAACAGUUUAAAAGUGGCCAAACAGAGGGGACUUUGUAGUGCAACAUCUGAUAUGGGAACAAUUUUGCAAUAUGUCCCAACCUCAACACCUUUUUUUGUUAAAUUAUUUUUCCCUUAAAUAGCUCGUCGGUAGUAAAAAGUUGCUGUGCUAACUUUGGAUUGACUUCAAUGUUUAUCUUUAAGAAAAGAUAGGCGUGAGGAGACAAUGUGAUGAACCACAGAUGACAACACCAAUUAACCACGUCAAAUAAAGCCUCCCACAAGGUGUCUUACAGCUGAAUGCAACACAGAACAUGUGGUUAGAGAUCAUCUCAACACUAUUUAUUACAAACUCUACAUGCAAAGGCAGAUUCUUGCGCACCAUCACCUUUACAGUCACCAUGGUUUAACACCCCUUGAGUCCUACUUGUCACAGAUUCCAACACAAAUAAUACCACUCAGAUCAGUGGAACCAUUGUUUUUGAAGAUUGUAUGAAGGAAGGCCUGACUGCUCUCCACGUGUCCAUCUCCUAGGAGGGGGUCAGGCCUGGGGUGCUUGUCUCUGUGGUAGGACUGGCCAAACAUUCGCUGGAUUUCAGGCUGGCCAGAGACUUAUAGCUGGCUACUGAGGUCAAGGAGCCACACAGACCUCGCAGAGAGGGCGUCUCCUCCUUAGCUGCGUUACAGGGAACACAAAGGGUUAACCAUCAUCAUCUCAGGGACACAGGGUCCAUUAGCCGUUACCAACGUGCUGCUGCAGUCCUGCGCACCGUGAUGUGGCCAGUGCUCCCCGUCGGGCCUGGUCUCCGCGCCGGGGCUCUGCGCAGGGUCCAGAGACGUCUGGGAUAGACUCAUAUUGACAGACAGCUGCUCCAGGCUCUGGAAGCUCUUUCUGCAAUGAGAGUACAGAGGGGAAGAGGGAGGUGAAUAUUAAAGGGGACAUAUUAUACCACCAGGUGUGAGUGUGAUUAGCCCUUAAGCCGUUUUGAAAGUCUGCCCCUUCUGACAUCACUAGUGGGCGUGUCCACUUAGAUCUGUGCAGGAUAGAUGAGUAACGUUUACUUCAGUCCACUGGGUAGGCUGGUAGACUGAUCUAUCCAGCACUGAUCUAUCCAGACUUAGAUCUAUUGAGACAGCAUGAUAGGACCUGGUUCACCUACUCCUCCCACGGCUCCGUGCUUUUCCUGAAGAGCAGGGUAUCCAAGGCAACAGCGCUGGCAUCUAAGGUACCAGGAGAGGGCCACUGAUUAGUCAGGUGGGCCGUCAGCUCCUGUCUGGAGCGGAGGUCGUUGUUCUUCAGGACGGUCCUGUGGAGGUAGGGGACUGACAGCUUUGAGUGACCUGAUUCUACAUUGGUUUGUAUGGUAAUUGGUCCUUUGUGAACAGGAGAGAGACAGAGGAGUGGGUGGAAAAGGAGGGGAUCACCCCGCCAAGACACUGAUUUCUGAAUGAUUAAUAUUAGUCACAUUUUAUUUAUUCACAAUCUGUAAUUUAGGGAGAAAGGCUUUCUGCAUGUUCCAAGACGGGCAUAGACGCGAAGAGAUUGAUCUGUCCGUCAUGAUUUACCUCAAUUAGAAAAUCAUGUAGAUUAUCACAUUGUAGACAUGUGAUUGAUAUUUAAAUGUAAAUAUCGAUCAAAAGGGCUUUUAGAGGUGAAGAUAUCUAAAAGCACUGAAAAUGCAGAGUUUAAAAGUUGAAAUUGUCCACAUAUUUUAAGUGUUUGUGAACAAGCAGGCCACAAACACACAUGCACCUCAACGCCCCCAGCUGUGUUCUGAAUGUCAACUCCACAUUGGACCUGCCGUCAUACCAUCUCCAGCCAGCCAUCAGUGAGGUCACACGAACACAGUUGUCCAUGCACGUUCCAACACACGCA